UGAAUCAAGGGAAGAAGCGGAGGAAGAAGUUCUGGGAGCAGCUGCAGAGCAGCAGGUCAAAAUUGCUAUGUUGGAAUAGCUAUGAGGGGUAUUUCGAAAUUAUUGUUGUUCUUCCUUGCUGAGUUGCUCCUGGUAAGCGCUGAAGGGAAGCCAAUUCGCUACAAGUGCCAGUACCUGAGAAGCCACAACCGCACUGGUCUGGUUUGCACUCCCAUCUUUGACGCAACUUCAGAAAUAACUGGACCUAGGCCACGGUCGUUUACAGCCCCAGAAACAUUCAAUGGCAACACCAUCAGGCACAGAGAGUCUGCAUGCGCAAAUUUGCUCCGACUUGCUGAAAAGAUGAAAUCAUUUGAGGGAGGCGCCUGGAAAUACUGCGACCCGGCCACAUGUCUACGUGAAAGUCCGCACUGCAGCAAUAAUGUGGUGAGCGACAAGUGCCGUCUUUGCUUUGGACGUUGCUGGCUCAUGUAUGGAUUCCCCGACGUCCCCGAAAAAGCUCAAGAAUCAAUGCCCAGAAAAAGCUUCCCUUGCGACCCCAGCUUGUGUGGCAUACACGUUUUCUGUGGCGGCUACAAGUUCGUUGACGGUGAUGAUCAAGAACCUCCGAAGCUUGUAGUCUAGAAAGCAAAAUUACCCUUCUGCAGUCGAAGAUCUGCACGGAACAUAAGAGGUCUCAAAAAGUUGGCUUGUAGUCCUUGUCGUGGUUUUAUUGAUAUUUGCUGCCACAUCCACCCGAAUUGCUAAUAGCGUUCAUAACAAGUUCAGUGCUUUACAAAUGACCAGUUAAUACAGAAAAUGCAAUGGAAUGGA